AUGUCAAACGGCCCACCCCAGUCCAUGUCUGCUCUACACACUCCCCAACGGCAGAACAAGGUCGAUGGGAGCCACGACCCAGUUGCCUCAGACACAACCACCCUCCACAAUGCUGCUGCAGCAGACUUCGACGAAAUCUCCCUUCCCUAUCUUGCAAACCCUCAGAUCCAGUUCCAGGCACACACGAUAGCUCCCUCGCCGCCCCUGUCAGAAUCUUCCUUUCAACAACUCGAACCUCCCCCAACUGCCGUCGCCGCCGCCCUGAGAUCAGACCCGAGUCCGCUUGCUGAGUCCAACUCACUUCGAAUACAGACCUCCGACUUCCCCUCGACUCUACCGACACGCUCCGACACUCACACCAACGCCACCCUUUCUACCCCUCGUCGCCCGAGUACCGGCCUUCAACAUCAGACCUCGUCUUCGAGCCUGAAGCCCAUAUCUCGAACCCCGAGUUUCAAGGCCGCCAUCGUCAACAGUCUGGGGCCUGGCUCGGCCACGAGCUCGUGCAUGCCCAGCCCCAUCCUGUCUGCCAUGAGCGACGUCACCCCGCUGCCCUCACCCUUAAUGUCAGGAGACUCGCCCGGUCCUUGGAAGCGUCUCGGCGUGCGACCGCCCUCGAGGGACCAGAUGCCCAACCCGACCCCCGACUCCGUGCUCGUCUCGGCCACCGGCGAGUCAAUAGCAGCAGCCCUGGCCAACGCCUCGAAGCGCAAGGUCUACGCCGGUCUGGUGGCCGAUGGCGCCGACAGCUCUGGUGCAAAGGGCCCCGCCAGCGGCAAAGCCGAACAUGCGCGGAACCGUAGCAUCAGCGAGUACAUCCCCGACCCGAACUAUGUCCCUAAGCGGCAAAUUACAGUGUCCGGCUCCCAUACCAAGCCAGCCAACGGCCCUGAUUCCGGUAACGAGCCCCACAUGCGCCGCGAGCUGAAUCUUGCCGAGUCAAGGGGUUUGACCCCGGCCAUUGCCCAGCCCCCGACACCCCCGCCGAGCGAGUCCUCCAGAGACUCGACCGACACGACUGCCGGCAAACCCAAGACGGCGGUCCCCGAAUACUUUGAAGCCUACGAUCGCACUGAUAGAAAGAGGAGAAGAUGGAGGGCCGUCAAGACUCUAGGCCAGGGAACAUUCAGUCGCGUGAUGCUGGCUACCAGCCAGGUAGACGACGAUGGUGACUCAUUACGGGCUGACAGCCUGACGCCGAUAUCGCAAAUGUCACAGUCCUUCAGAAAGACGCUCGUCGCAGUAAAGGUCUGCGAGCAUGGCCCACGAGGAGGCGCGAGCGAGGACAGAAUCGAAAUGUCACUCAAGCGCGAACUCGAAAUCAUGCAGAGCAUCAGCCACCCUUCGCUGGUUCAUCUGAAGGCUUGGAACAUCGAGCCAAGCCGUGCCAUCCUGGUACUCAGCCACUGUCCGGGUGGCGACCUCUUCGACGUGGCUACCGGCCACCGCCAGCUCCUCGGGCCGACCCUGCUGAGACGAAUGUUUGCUGAGCUGGUGGGCGCUGUGAGGUACCUGCAUGAUCGCAGGAUCGUCCAUAGGGACAUAAAGCUCGAGAAUGUGCUCGUCAACUUGACGGCACCCGAGCUGGCGGAUCCUGCGACCGACUGGACGACGUACCCGCACUCGGUCAUCACACUGACCGACCUCGGCCUCUCUCGCCGCAUUGCGGACGACGAAAAGCUCGAGACACGAUGCGGCUCCGAGGAUUAUGCUGCGCCAGAGGUCAUCAUGGGCUUGCCGUACGACGGCCGUGCCACUGAUGCUUGGUCUCUCGGCGUCUUGCUCUAUGCGCUUCUCGAGGCCCGCUUGCCGUUUGACCCCUAUCCCAACACAAUGGACGGACACCGGAUGCGCAGCCGUACCAGCCACCGCAUCGCACGCGCGGAAUGGCGCUGGAUCGAAUUUGCAGGAGAGGACGGCGAUCACGAAGGCAACGAAGCGAAGUUCAAAGAGCGUGGUUUGCUGGGCGCCAUGGAGAUUACCGAGGGUCUUUUGCAGCGCGCCAGGAGUCGAUGGACUCUGGAGAAGGUGGCCGAGCACGAAUGGGUCAAGGGGGCGAUCCAAGCCGAGGGUGGUCUGCGUUUUCGUGAAGAGGUUGAGGGCGCAGAGGUAUGA